AGGAGUCAGACUGGAGAGAAACACACACCCUUUCAGAGUCCGCAGGUGAGACACAUAGAUACUGAGGAACGGACACAUCAACACUUGGCACAGAGACACAGACAACGCAAAACAAAUAACGGGAAAGAACCUGCAAAGAUACAACCAACCUGAGAGGUUAGAGUGAGCCUCCACCAAGGAUAAGUGCAGCCCACCUCACUGUUGCAGAUGUCUGCGUCACUGUGGUGUGAUGAGGAGGGAAGGGUCUCCCACAAACCUCAGCUGAGAGCCCAGUGGGACCCCAGCGUGUCUGGGGGACGCGUAAUCAACAGGCUGCUGCAGUCAGAGGAACGAUACCUGCUCUCACCUCUCUACAUCUCACUGAUCCAGAGGGAGCCCCACAGGAGGGAAGAACUGGCCAAAUGGGUGCUGGAGGUGUGCUCUGAGUGUGGCUGUGAAGAAUCGGUGUACGCCCUCUCUGUCUCUCUGCUGGAUCGCUUCCUGUCUGCAUCAUUGUCCCUUCCUGUCUCACCUCUCUGUCUCUCUGCGGCCUGUAUCCUCAUUGCGUCAAAAGUGACCGGAAGUGAACCAGUCAGUGCAGGCAACUUGUGUGCUGCAGCCAACUUCUGCUUCCUGCCUAACAAUUUAAGGGACAUGGAACGUGUCGUCCUGGCAACUCUCCGAUGGGAUGUUGCUGUGGUAACCCCACAUGACUUCCUCCCACACUUCUUGUUUUCACUGGAGAGGGAGAGGGUGGAGGAGGAUGGACAAACAGACAGAGAUUCUCAAGCUUUAUUAUCAACUCUACGACGUCACGUUGACACACUGGUGGCCAUGUGUGUCUGUGACUCUCGUUUCUUGGGAAUUCCUCCAUCUUUAAUUGCAGCAGCAGCACUGAAUGCUGCCCUUUCUGGUCUAGGAAGCAAAGGUCUUCAGCUGGGCACAAAUGAACUGGCUACACUUUGUCAGAUUGAUUUGGGUGUGCUGCAAUACUACACAGAGCUGAUAGAGGGAGCCCUCACAGAGCAUCUCAGAAGUGGACCCAGGGAAAGAAAAAUGUGUCCAGAAGUUGAGAAGGAGGAGGAAGCACUGGAGGAAAUUGACACAGAAAGAGCCAGCACACCAACUGACUUAAGGGAGAUUGAUUUUUGAGUGUUUUGAGUGCUAAUGCAUUAUCUAUUUUUAAAAAAUAAAUGUAAAUGAUUUAAUUAGACGAAUCAGUUAAGACUGAUAAAUAUGUACUAGAUAGUUCAUGUUCAUGUUUGUCUAUCGAUUUCCUUAUGUGUAUGUUUUACAUUUAUUUAUAUAUUAAAUUCCUAUAUGUCUAUUAAUAUAAUAUUAUUUACAUUCAUUUAAAGCAAUGGUUAAGUUGGAACAUAUCUAAUUUAUUGUAUUCCUGUUAUA